AGUGAGAUAGGUAUAAUGUCAAUCUUUUCUGACAAAAGUUAUUUAAAUUCUCGUUCUGACAAAUCUAGAACCAACCUCUCGCCAAUUUACAGCCUCUUCUGUUAUAAACAUGAGCACAAACGGUGGUGGUUGCAAUCCAAAAUGUCCAUCAACAUCGAAAAAAGAAUCUCCCAGUGGAAGAUCAAGAACUAGAACAACGACCAGAACGAAUGUUGCGUCUGUUUCGAGAAGUCCUCUGUACGUAGAUGGGGCCACUUUGAAUGCCAUGAUGGCCAAUUUGGAGACAUUUGGUCACGGUCUAGGACAGUUCACACCCCGUAGAGGUACCGACAGAUACGGCACUGGCAGAGUUCCCUAUCCCACUCACUCAUCUACCCCACAAGGUUUGCUACCCGGUCAGCAUGAGACUUUUGGGCCUCAAAUGGAUUACAAUUUGAGCUGGAUACCUGGUGCUGGUGUUGAUUCGGAGAUUGCUGAUAGGACUCCUCCUUUACCUGACGAUACAAAUAAGUUUCUACUUACCAAUGAGGAAUUGGCUGCAGACGUAGUCGACGAGUCAAUCGACUCUAAAAGAAGGGAGUCUAUAAUAGAAUGGUUUGAUCGUUCUGUCGAGCAAGAAUUAGAAAAACGAAAAGAUAAGGAUCACAGUAUCAUUAAAAAAUCACCUUGUGCAGAAAAAAUAGAAGCAGCUGCGGCAGCAGCAGAUACAUCACCAAAAAGUCCGAAUGCUAUGAGAGGGUUGGCAGAAGCAACUGCGAGCGGAGUGGAGAUUAUAGGGGAACUUUUACGUGAAAAAGAUGCGGACCUGAUAGAUGCGGUAGAAAAUCUAGCCGCAGCGGAGGCAAUGUGUAAUUUCGCAGGAGCGGUUGAGGCUGCGGAGGAAGCUUGUAAAAGCGUUCCAUUAGAGUGUGCAGAAGAGGCUGCGGCUGCAGGAGUGAGGGGAUAUCAGCGAGAAAUAACAAAUAUGGUACAGCAGACAAUACCUGGUGAACAUCCCAUUGAAGUUGUUGGUUACGUUGGCGUGACAAGACCUAAGAAUCCGAGGAAACCUACUCACUGAUUUGUGAAUAUAUGUGUAUCUCUAUCAUAUUUAUAAACUAUUUUACCUUCA